UAUACAUCACCUCUGAAAGACGGUUUACAAACUACUAAGACAUAAUGGAACGUAUGGAACGUUUGGGUGCUCCAACUAACGCUGGAUCUGCAUUGGGGAAACGGAAUGUCCGUGGACGCUCACGCGGCAUAGAUCUGGAUGAUUGGAUUGCCCGUCAUGGAAAAUUGCCUAUCAAAUUCUCAGAUGUAGCGAGGUAACCAAUCUCCACAAAUAGGUGCAAAUUAUCUACUGAAUGCGGCAUAAUUGUUCGUGACUUUGCUCCGAUGCAAUAUACUUCUUGGAAGAAAAUUCCUGAGCAUGAAAGAGUUGUUCUAAUUGAAUGUGUCAAUGACAAGUUCGAACUGGACAUUACGCGUCCUUCUAUUAAGAAAUAUCUAAAUGACUGUAUGGCCAGACGAUACAGCAACUACAGGACUCAAAUGUCAGCGCACUUCAAAAAGUUUGAAACUAUUGAAGAAGCCCGCUUGAAGCCAUUCGAGAACGUCUCACCAGAGAAUUGGUUAUGGUUGUGUGACCAUUUUUCUUCAGAGAAAUUUAAGAAGCGGUCCGCAGCAGGGUUGAACAAUCGGAAGCAAGUCGAGUACAACCACUGUGGGGGUUCUCGUGCGUUUCAAGUGCGCCUAGAGAAGAAAAAAGUUUUGGGAGUGCAAGCUUCCAAAAUACAAACGUUUCACGAUACUCACACGCAUAUCAAAGAGGGUCAGCGUGUUUGGAUAUCUGAAACAGCUCACGUUCAGUAUGACAAAAUGGUCGAGAUGUAUGAGCAAGGCAUUGUGGGAGGGGGCACUCCUGAUGAAAAUGAAAUAUAUGACGAAGUUCUGAAGAGGAAAUCAAAAAGACACCGUAACCGUAGACUUUCUGAUGAGGAGACAGAAGAACUCUUUGCACUCCUUGCAACGAAGGAUGAUAAAUACAAAGCAGUGUGA